GUUCCUGACAGUCUUCGCGCGCUCCAGCUUGGCCGAGCAGACGACUCCACGCUAUGUCGAAAUUAUCGACACCGUGUCCAGUGUCUCGAACAUUGGAUUCGCUGACAAGGACCUCGAUUGGGAUGAGCUGGGCGGCUACGUGGACUGGCAGGCUCCCGCGAGCCACAGCCAAGUCCUCUUCUACGAGCUGUACUUGGCGGAGAGCUUCAUGGGCAAGAACCGCCUGAACUAUCCCAGCGGUAGCAUUCCGGUCGGGAACACAGAGGUGCUGUGGCCCGCCGAGACGCCCAAGGCAGCCUUCACUCACUUCGUCGUCUACACGAAGUCCUGGCUUGCAGAACAGACUACGCCAGUGGCUUUGGAAUUUGAGGACAAGGUGUCGCUGGUCCGUGACAUCUCCUUUCCUGAUCUCGAUCUGGACCUGGAGGACAUUGGAGGGACCAUCUCCUGGGAAGCACCGAACGACACCAGCCAGGUGACUCACUAUGUCGUGUACUUGGGCCAGGCGAACACGACUGAUGGCUGCAACACCAGCUACCAGCUGCAGCCAGAGGAAGCCAACACCUCAACGGCCUUUUCAGACUGGUGCCUGCUGACCUACAUCGGCAAUGCUUCCUUUGGGGAGCACGACCUUUUCAUCUCUCCAGACACAGGUGUCCCCCCGUACACACACGUGGCAGUCUUCAGCUUGAGCUCUCUGGUGGAGCAGACCACUCCCAUGACCCUGGUCUUCUGGGAUGAGAUUGCCAGCGUGUCCAAUAUCAGGUUCGUAGACCAAGACCUCGAUGAGGUCGAUCUGGGCGGAGAUGUGCACUGGGAGGCUCCAGAAUCGAUGCGGAGGGUCUCAGCGUACCUUGUGAAGCUGGCCACCGAUGAGCCAGUUCCGACCGACCACUCGCAGAUAGGCCUCGAUGUCCCAGCAGGCACAUACAAUCUCCUGGCACCAGCAGACAUGAACCCAUUGCACUACACUCGGAUCGUCGUUUACACCCGGUCCACGCUUGCGGAGCAGACAACUCCCGCGGGCUACCACUUUGUGGACAAGUCGUCGCCUGUGCUGAAUGUGUCCUUCUUUGACUACGACCUGGACGAAACCGAUCUGUACGGAGACCUUUUGUGGGAAGCACCAGACGACGAAGAGCAAGUGCUUGAGUACUAUGUGUACAUGGCGGAGAACAGCACCGGUAAAGAGCGGUCCUUGGUGGGCAUCGCUCCCCGCGGAGUGUACAACAUGAGCAUCCUGGCUGAGACACCGCUGGUGAACUACACCCACUUCCUGGUCUACGCAGCUUCUCCGCUAGCAGAGCAGACCACGCCCGUUGCCUUGGAGAUUUUCGAUGCCGUGGCCAGCGUGUCAGACAUAGUCUUCGAAGACAGGGAUUUAGAUGUUCAGGAGAUUGGCGGCAAUGUCUCAUGGAUCGCACCCAUGGUCGAGGAUCGGGUGCAACUGUAUCGCAUCUACGUGGCGAAUUCGCCAACAGGCUCUGCGCGCUUCGAGGUUGCUUCUGAGCCUGCCGGCGAAGUUGCCUCCAAGGUGGCUUCGGAGACGCCUAUUCCCACAAUGCCGCCCGGGGCUCGCAAGACAGUCGGUGCAGUGCGGGGCCCGAACUCUGCGGACUGCGCUCAGGACAACUUUGCCUCAGUGUCGAACAUCUCGUUUCCUGAGUUCGAUCUUGAUGCAGGCGACUUGGGUGGCGAGUUGUCGUGGGAUCCGCCAGAGGAUGACAGCCUCGUGGCUUCCUACAACAUCUAUUUUGCCAAGGUGGUGCUGGCGAACACCACCGAGUGCAAAUGGGAGGUCGUGGCCCCGAAGGUGGCGUUGAUCUCCGGUGUGACCAGCUUCGCCAUGGAUGCCGCUACGGCCAAUGUCGUGGAGGCUGCCGUAAAGGCUGCGCUGGCCAGCAGUUUCUCGAUUCCAGAAGCAGCUAUCAGCGUGUCUGUGGCGCUGUUCGGUGAUGGGAGACGGCUGGAGGAAUCGUCUGUGAUGCCGGAGAACAAGAUGUGGAACGUGUCCCUGGAGCUGACCAUCCUCAAUCCUGAGGUCGAACGACAGUUAGAAUCGCUCCGCAACGGCGCUGAAGACCUGGCCAUGGCUUUGGGUCUUGCCAAGGAUCCGACAGCACUCGCUGCACUUGCUGAAAGCCUCGCCAAACUGAAG